GAUGUUUUGAAGAUAAAGUUCAAAUCCGUUAUUAUAAAUCUGGUAGCAAAGUAGGCCGAACAGUGUAAGAUGAGACUGAGAGGUAAACGAUGUGUAUCCGUUACUCACCACGUGAACCCAAACCCGGCUUUCAAUGAAAACUACAACUCUGCGUUUAAAACUACUUUUAUUUCGGAUACUUAGACCGUUGAUGUGGGUACUUUGUGUUUAUAAAUUGGAGGAAUGAAUUUCUAAAACGGAUUACGCCAUUACGCUAAAACGGAUGACGGUGGAGCACGAUGGUGGAUAACGAACAUUCUCCCAUGGAUCGUCGUAUUUCCGACAAUUCCUACAAUAACUCCUCGGUUUUAAUGGAGUCACUCGACGACCUAAAUAGCCGAUACGCGGAUGCAGCGCUUCCGUUGACAAUAAUAUUUGGAUUUUUUACGUUCUUUGGUUUCUUUGGAAAUCUGCUGAUAUUAGUUGUGUUCUCAUUCAGUCGGGAGUACAGAAGAAAUAAUUUCAAAGUGUUUGUAUUGACGUUGGCUGUUAUAGAUCUUAUAACGUGUGUGACUCUUCUACCGGCGGAGAUGAUGAAGCAAAGAAACUACUUUGAAUUCGAACAUGCGGUUCCUUGCAAACUAAAGUGCUUCUUCAAUGUGUUUGGAGCCUCGUCUUCGUGUAAUGCAUUGCUCGUGAUUUCCGUUGAUCGCUAUAGAAAGGUGGUGCAGCCAUUUAAAAAACAAUUGACGCCAAAAUUAGCAGUGAAACUUCUAUUUGGAGUUGCAAUAGUAUUCCCCUUGUUUCUGGCCAUUCCCAGCGCAAUAAUGUGCGGAAUUAAUACCACAGAAAUGGUUAAUAAGUUUGGAACUAACACUACUAUCCAUAUGUGUGAAACCGAAGAACGAUUUGAAAAAUCGAUAUGGCGAAACAUUUAUAAAUUGAUUUUAUUGAUAUUACUAGGAGGUAUAUCACUCGCAUAUUUAAUAAUGUAUGCAUUUGUUAUGCGAGCGGCUGCCAAACAGAUUAAAGCUAUAUCGUUGCAACGCACACAUGGUACAUGGGCUAUUCCAUUAACCCCUGGAAACAACGAGCCGAACAAUAUAGAGAGCGAACAAUUCCCACGUGAUAUUUUUCGCGAAGAACCUCCUAGUAAACGGGAGUUUGGAAAUGGCUUCUAUACACGAAGAUUUAAUGGCAAUAAUUGUGUUCAGACGUUUAACUUUAGCAGUAAUAAACGCACUACUCCUAUGUUGCAGAGACAUGGCUUUCCAACGAAGACAAUAAUAUGGUUUAUAUUAACAAUUGUUUAUAUAGUCACGUACUUAACGCAUAAUAUUUUAUCAUUUGGGGUGUCGAAAAUUGUAACAACAACACCGGGUCUAUUUGUAACAUUUUCGUUUUUCUACAGGAUAUACUUCAUUAAUCAUAUAAUAAAUCCACUGGUGUACGCUAUAUUUUUAAAGAGUUUUCGUACCUCUUGUAAAAAUAUAUUCCCAGUUCUAAAGUCAAAACUAAUCAGACCGGUUUUAUGAUGUUGAAUUUUCCUAUAGUUACCAUAUAUA